CAGAGCGCGAGAUCACGAACCUUCCAGGCCCCGCUCCCGGAAAUCUCAAAAGCCGACGGCGCCACGCUCCGAUCCAUCGCAGCCGCAGCCUCCGGGAGAACCAUCCAGAUCGAUCGAGCCAUUGCCAUGGACGUCCUGAAGCGCGAGCUGCAGCGCAAGCGCCGGCAGCUGGACGCCGACUUCGGCGGCCGCAAGGUGCUCCGCCGCGCCGAGAUCGAGGCGCGCGAGAUCCAGCGCCUCCGCGUCGCCGAGCGGGAGCGCCUCAUCCAGAAGAAGAAGGAGGAGGAGGAGCUCCGGUCCCGGCCCGCCCCCGCGUCGUCUUCCUCCUCCUCGAUGCCCGCGUUGCCUCCAGCCGCCGUCGCCAACGUGGCGAAGGCGUGCAACGACCGCGCGGAAGGUUCGCGGGAGUCGUCGUCGCUCCCGAGGGAGGAGGUGAUCCGGCGCCUGCGCCUGCUGCGCCAGCCGGCCACGCUCUUCGGCGAGGACGACGCCGCGCGCCUCCGCCGCCUCCACGACGCGCUCGAGGACCCCGCCGCGGUCGCGGGCGUGGACGCCGCGGAGAUCGGGGAGGGCCAGACCAACGACUUCCUCCGCGACUUCCAGGCCCCGCGCGCCAGGGCCGCGGCCGUGGCGUCCAAGCCCAAGGCCGGCGCGGCCGACAGGAGCGACGGCGACGGCGAGAAAGAGAAGGAGGAGGCGCCGUUCGACGAGCUCUGCGACGAGGACAAGAUCGUGGCCUUCUUCAAGCGGCUGCUGAGCGAGUGGGGCCAGGAGCUGGACGAGACGCCGGACGCGGAGCGGCGCACGGCCAGGGGCAAGGCGGCGGUGGCCACCUGCAAGCAGUGCGCGCGCUACCUGGAGCCGCUCUUCAGGCUGUGCAGGAAGAAGGCCCUCCCCGGCGACGUCCGGCGCGCGCUGCUGGACGUGGUGCGGUGCUGCGCGCGGCGGGACUACCUGGCGGCGACGGACAGCUACAUCAGGCUGGCGAUCGGCAACUCGCCGUGGCCGAUCGGGGUGACCAUGGUGGGCAUCCACGAGCGGUCGGCCCGGGAGAAGAUCCACGCCAACGGCGUCGCCCACGUGAUGAACGACGAGACGACGCGGAAGUACCUGCAGUCGGUGAAGCGGCUCAUGACCUUCUGCCAGCGGAGGUACCCCACGGACCCCUCCAGGUCGGUCGAGUUCAACAGCCUCGCCAACGGCAGCGACCUGCACUCCCUCCUCCUCGCCGAGAAGAGCGCCGAGAACCAACCGGAGGAGACGCUCCGGCUGGUGGCUGCCUCCUGACGACGAAUCACCAUCGCCAAUCUCUGCAUUUUAGAAGCUCAAAACUUUACUGCCAUUUGACGAAAAUUGUUCUCUGGCUUUCUUGUUGGCUGAUAAAGAUCUGGCUGUGAUGAUCAAGGCCUAAAGCCAUCCUGAUGACCGUAUGUAUGUUCAUUAUUUUGUUCUAGACGUGAUAAAAAAGCUGGGAGUGUGAUGA